CUGGUUUCUCUCUCCCUCUUUCUCUCUCUCUCUUUUCCUGCGAAUCACUCUGGUUUCUCUCUCCCUCUCUCUCUCUCUCUCUCUCUCUAAAAUAUCAUCACUCGCUUUUUCUCUCCACGAAAUCCCGGUGGUCCACCUCGCAGGAAUCCGACGCCCUCUAUUAAAUGUUGAGGCCUUCUGCUUCUUUCAUUCUCGACCAACGCGAAUCCCUCUCUUCUCCGCCUCCAAAUUUAGCGCCUCCUGCAACUAUGGCGCCUAAACCCCCAAUCCAAGCCGGCUCUGGAGCUGGCUACUACGCCGCUAGAGCCGAGCACCACGCCGUCUCAAGUCACUGGCUUGCCCAAGCCCAAGCCGCCGUUGAUGGCGGCCCGGCUAAGCCGGGCCUGAGCGAAUCCCAUGGUGAUAGGCAUAGAGACAGAGAGAAUGCCUCGUUUAGUGUUAUAGAUGAAUUUAAUUUUUGGCGAAAGAAACCCGAUUUAGCUGAGGCUGUAGCAGCGAUAAUGGCUUUGGCAGCGGUGAUUAGAACCAGUGAGGCUACGACGAUGAUGGAGUUGGAGAUCGAGUUAAAAAAGGCGUCUGAUACUCUAAAGUCAUGGGACACAACUUCCAUAUCUCUAUCAGCUGGUUGUGACCUGUUCAUGCGCCAUGUUACAAGGACUUCAGCUUUGGAAUAUGAGGACUUUGAUGCUGCCAAGGCUCGUCUAAUUGAACGUGGAGAGAGGUUCGGGGAAAUAUCCCUAAGGGCUAGGAAAACAAUUGCAAUGCUGAGUCAAGAUUUUAUAUUUGAUGGUUGUACCAUUUUGGUCCACGGCUUCUCAAGAGUUGUGUUGGAAGUGUUGAGGCUUGCUGCAUCAAGUGGGAAACUCUUUCGGGUCUUUUGCACUGAAGGCAGGCCCGAUAAGACAGGCCUAAGGUUGUCUACCGAACUUGUUGGCCUUGGGAUUCCUGUGAAGCUUUUAAUUGAUUCUGCUGUUGCGUAUAACAUCGAUGAGGUCGACAUGGUAUUUGUUGGUGCAGAUGGUGUGGUUGAAAGCGGAGGCAUCAUUAACAUGAUGGGAACAUACCAAAUUGCAUUGGUAGCUCACAGCAUGAACAAACCUGUUUAUGUUGCUGCAGAGAGUUACAAGUUUGCACGUCUCUAUCCUUUGGAUCAGAAAGACUUGGCUCCUGCGCUACGCUCGGUUGAUUUUGGUGUACCGGUUCCUACUGCUGUUGAGGUGGAAACGUCGGCAAGGGAUUACACACCUCCACAGUAUCUCACCCUUCUUUUCACCGACCUUGGGGUGUUAACACCUUCUGUAGUUAGUGACGAACUCAUUCAGUUGUACCUAUAGUACCAGAGCUUCACAUAGAGAGAGAGAGUCGAUGGUUCAGUCAAUAUAGAUCCACGGCACAAGAAAUGAAUAGGAUUAUUUAUUUGCGAGAGAAACACGAUCUCUAGAAAAUUGAAUUUGCCUCUAUAAUAUUCCGAUCAGGGCCCGAUCCUGAUCUUAAUCGACGGUCAGGUCCAUAUGUUUGGACCUGGACCCGACUUUGUCCCGACUUGGUAA